UUCCCCUGGUUCUAAUAAUGGAUAAUGAAGCCGGGUUCGUUACGGUGUCAGCAGCAGCGGUCCUAUAAUCCUCAAACUGGACAGGAUAGGAACCAGUCCUGUCAGUCAUCACUUCCCAGAAACUUUCGGACUUUAGUCAUCAAGAUGCCAAGAUCAAGAUCAAGAUCUAAAAAGAGGAAGAGUGGCAAGAAGUGGAAGCAGAGUAGUACAGAGAAGAAUGAUGACAUUAGGAACAAUAUUGUUUCUGAAGUAAGAACGGUGGGCACCAGGAGUGAGGUGCCACCUUCCUCACUGCCACUGUCUGCCCAGCCCAGCUCACCCUCGAGUUUCGAUGGACUUGUUACUUCCAUAGACAAUUCUGAGAUUAGCACAUCAAACGCCCAGCUGAAGCAGCACUUGAUAGAGCACCAUUGUUCACUAGUGGAAGAGAAAGCUGGACUUUCAACCUAUGAGAUAAAGACUAAAGAUCUUCACAAGGACGAGGACCACAAGAUACAAGUUAUGACCAUUGGACCUGAGAAUAAGGAAGCCAUCAAGUCAGUCCUCCUGCUGGGGGAGACAGGUGCCGGGAAGACUCGUGCCAUCGAUGCCAUGAUCAACUUCCUCUUUGGUGUCAACUUUGAAGAUAAUUUUAGGUUUAAGUUGAAAGACCAAGUUGACAGAGAUUAUCUUCAUCAAGUAGAGAGUCAGACAGAGUAUGUCACUGCCUACAUUGUCUAUCAUCAAGAAGGAAUGCCUCUACAGUGUAAUUAUAUGUUGAUAGACACACCCGGGUUUGGCGACACCAGAGAAGAUUAUGAGAAAAUUGCCAUAGAGAGAAUGACUCAUUUCCUGACAAAUGAUUAUGGUAUUGAUGAUCUUAACUGUGUUGCUUUAGUAGCCAAGGCAAAUCAAAACAAGAUAACAACACACCAUAUAAAUAUGCUUAAAGAGUUUAGCUCUGUUCUUGGGAGAAACAUUGGUAGUGUAACACGUCUUCUAGCUACAUUUGCCUCAGAUGACACUUGUGAGGUCGUUAACGUGGUGAAGCAUGCCCAAGUAGACUUUGUCAACUUCUAUAAAAUGGACAACUGGCCUUUAUAUGUGUCACAUAGUAACAAUGAUUAUAGCAGAAAUAUUCUUGCUUGUCUGAAGUAUAGAUGGAUGAAUAUGCAGGAAAUUUACAGUUUUUUUUUUAAAGAUUUAGAGAAUUGUUUAGCAGUGAGUCUCAAACAAACUAGAAACCUUUUACUAGAAAGGAAACUCCUAGAGGAAACCAAAAAUAGAUUGAUGAAAAAUGUAAAGUGCUUAGCUGAGCUUGACGACACAAUUGAAAAGUUUAAAUACUCACUAAAGGACUUGAUGGUUGAGCUAAGUGACAUAAAUUAUAUCUACACAGUACGGAGGGAGAAAAAUAUUGCGGUUUUAGUAGAAGGAGAUUACCACGUCCACAACUGUAGUAAGUGUCGUAGUACCUGUACAGGACAUCAUGAAAACCUAACCUUCGGUGAAAUUGCUGGACCAUCAGCCGCAGUUGGACUCAUUGCAGGAAGGGUGUUUUCGCCACUUGCUGGUGUGGGGGCAUUAUGCACUAUUGCAGCUGCACUUGCUACUUCCUGUUCCAAAGUACCCUCCACGGGAAAAUGCAGCAAGAUAGGAUGCUUUCACAACUGGAUGGAUCACAAGAUGGAAAAAAAAGAAUACAUCACUUUAGUAACCCAUGAGGAGAAAAUUGACUAUUUUAUGAAAAAUAUGUAUGAUAAAAAGGAGGAACAGAUUACAGAGAUGAAGAAAAAGAUUGAACAGAAUGAAAAGGCCAGGAAUAUCAUCAAUAAGAGGCUCAUUAGUGAUGCCAAGGCCUUGGAAGGUCAUACCAGAAAUAUAUCAGAAUUAAGCCUGGGACACGAAAUUUUGAGCCCACCAUUGAUAAUAGACGAGUUGAUCAUUCUAGAAAGAGAGAACAUAGGUCAUAUACACCUCUUAAAGAUGGUGAAGGAGAUGGUCAGUACAAGUGCUGCACAUAAUUAUGAGUCUGCUAACUUGGAUUCAGUUUAAUGCUAAAUGAAUUGCAAAAAGCAUUAAAAUUAAAAAAAAUGCAUAGGAGAAUGCAUCAGUGCAUAGCAGAAUACAUCAAAAUGAACAACAAUGUUAGCAGAAUACAUCGGAAUGAAAAAAUGAGGAAAUUAACCACAAAAUCAAGACUAUAUUGCAUCAAAAGUGAUGUUGUAUGUCAUUUUCAACUCUUCCUUAUUGAAAAGACGUAAUAUAAAUGUAUUUAAAGUCAGAACAAGUACGGUGCUUAAACAGCCUAAUCAUUUAUAUUACUUCUUGUCUUGUUUAUUAUGUUGUGUAUCCCCUUACUUUAUUGGCUCUAUCUUUACCCUUUUAUAUCAUUAUUAUUAUUGUCGGUUUUAUUAUUUCUGCUAUUAUUAUUAUUAUAUGCAUUAUUAUAUUAACCUUUUCAGGGUUAGUGCCAUACUAGUACGGCUUGCACGCCAGGAUUGGUCCCGUACUAGUAUGCAUAAAUUCUAGCACCUUCAAAUCUAGCGAGAGAAAGCCAGGUCUUUGUGGUCAGUGUGCACAAUAUGAAAAAAUCUUGCAGCACACGGUGGAUAAUGAGGAAAAAAAAACUCCGACCGUAUUUUUGGUUUAAAACAGUGACUUUGCAGUGUAUUUUUGUAUGCUAUUUAUGGUUGUAUUCUAGUUUUCCUGAUCUCAUUUUAUAGAAUGGAAGGCAUAUUACAGAAAUUGAGAUGAUUUUGAUUGGUUUCACAAUGAAAAGUACCUUGAAAUUAAGCUCAAAGUAGCAGAAAUGUUCGAUUUUUGCCAAAGUUCAAAAGUAAACAAAUCAUGCCACGCGUCAACACACGUCAACUGGCAAGUCUAAUAUUCUUUCACAGGUGCGCUGAUAUUAUUUAUACCAUUUCUACACUAAUGCAGCAGUCUGCAUAACAGUAAAUCUUCUAUUUAUAUGUGAGAAAAAUUCAAAGUGGAAAGCAAAAUAAAUGUAAGAGAGGCCUGGGGACAUGACUAAUGAACAGAGGAAAUGUUAUUUUAGUUCCAGGAAUGUCUGUCUUGUUUAUUUUGGACCCUAUUUGGAAAUUAGCAUCUUUUGAAAUUUGUGUGAAAUUGGCAAAAUUGCUAAUUUCUGACCACUUUAUUGGAUAGUUGAAAUCGGUAAAUAGGUGGUUUCUUGUACUCAUUCGAUAGAAAAAAUGGAGUUCUAGUGAAAUAGUUAUGAUUUUUUUGACUGGAACAUGGGAAUUGGCCGAAAAUAGGGCUCAAAUUGGGCAAAAUCAUCGAUGCGUAAACAUCGUCGAGACCGCUAACUUCGUGAGAGCAUAAUUCCGUAAGUUAUCCAUCAAAUUUUAUACUACUUUUGGUGUCAUUAUGAUCGGGAAAAGAUUCUCUAUCAUUUCGUAAGAAAAAAUAAUUUUUUUUUUUCCAAAAAAUUUCUGACUGAGAACAAGUUUUGGAGAGGGCCUGCCGACCCUGAAAGGGUUAAUAUUGUUAAUUUUAUUAUUAUUAUUUUAAUAUUAUUGUCAGUUUUAUUAUUAGUUUUAUUUUAGGAUGACACAACUCGAGACCAUCAAAAUAUCGACUUGGAUUACAGCCAAUAAACUUAUACUUAACACUGACAAAACCUAUUAUAUUAUGUUUGGUAGCAGAGCAGGUGUUGCGCAACUUAACACUAAGAUCGACAACACUAAUUGCCAGACAUAAUGAGGGCAAAUUCCUAGGCCUGUACCUCGACAACCUAAAUUUCAGCACCCAUAUCCAACACAUAACAAAAAAAGUAUCCAAAACGGUGGGGAUCCUCUCCAAGAUACGAUAUUAUGUGCUGCAAACUGCCCUUCUCACACUAUACCAUUCACUCAUUUAUCCAUACCUCACCUAUGCUAUUUGUGCUUGGGGAUCAACUGCAGCAACACACCUAAAGCCAAUAAUAACCCAACAAAAAGCCACAGUAAGAAUAAUCACUAAAUCCCAUCCCUGGCAACACACCUCCCCACUCUUCAUAGAUCUAAACUUACUCCCUGUUCAGAACAUCUACACUUACUACUAUGCAAUCUAUAUCUACACUUACUACUGUGAAAUCUAUAUCUACAGGACCUUAAAUUCCAAUAUUAACCUUGACCUAAAAUGCUUUCUUGAUAGUUGUGACAGGAUCCACAGGCAUAACACCAGACACAAACAUCUCUAUGACAUUCCCCGUGUCCAACUAAACCUUUACAAAAAUUCAAUGGAUGUCAGAGGACCUAAAAUCUGGAACACCCUACCUGAAAACUCUAGAACUGCGGACACAUUCAUCACUUUCAAAACUACAGUUAGAAAACAUCUUAUCUCCCUGAUAUACCCCGUCAACUAACUACAUGAAAACCACCUGGUGGUUCACACUUACACUCACUCACCCAUUGACUAUAAACACAGAAAUACGAAUCUUAAUCUUAAAAUAAUGAAUCCUAACUAGUCAUAAGUUUGCCUAUGAUACUCCAAUAUAGACACUAUGUUUUGUGCCAAAACAAAAGCAGUCACAUUGCUAUAAUGUAGUCACUUAGCCUUAAUACCAUAAUCUGUAAUAAUUUAAAGUUAAGAAUUAUUCUAAGUCUGCCCUAAAUGCCUAGCCAUGCUAGGUGUCCUCGUGGCCCCCUCCGUAAUUAGUAUUUUAUAACAUGUAAACCACACAAUAUCCAGAAUCCAUAAACCCCACAUUGUAAUCCUUAUAGAGAAUAAACUUGAUUGAUUGAU